AUGGGAGCUUCUCCGAGGUCAAGCAUUAGAUCUUCGUACUGUACUUUGUUGUUCUUCUUAGGAACUUUAUGGUUGAUAUCAACACACGCGUGCCCGAAAAGCUGCCAUUGCGCCGACCGGAAUGGCGCGGUGGUGCAGUGUACCUCGCGUAACCUGGAGGAGAUUCCGUCAAAUUUACCCAAAGACACAGCGGUCCUCCUGCUUUCAUUUAACCGCAUCCGACACGUCCCAAAAGAUGCCUUCAAUGACCUCCACCGUCUCAGGGAACUCGAUUUAUCCCACAACGUCAUCGAAAACUUGGAAGCGGGAGCAUUCCAAGGAAUUUCUGAUCGUUUAAGGACUUUGGAUCUUUCAAAUAAUCAUCUCAGCAGUUUACCCAAGGAAACGUUCUCCAAGCUCCACGCCCGAGUUCGCUUGUCCAACAACCCCUGGCACUGCGAGUGCUCCUUACAGGAGGUCCUAAGGGAACUGAGACUCGACCCCGAGACGGUCAACGACGUGAUCUGCUUCACGUCCGUUCAGGAGGAGUACAUCGGGCAGCCGGUGAUCCAGGUCCUGGAUUCGGGUAUCAACUUUUGUAACUUUCACCAGAAGACAACGGACGUAGCGAUGUUUGUAGCCAUGUUCUGCUGGUUCUCCAUGGUGACCGCUUACAUCAUCUACUACAUCCGGCACAACCAGGAGGACGCCAGGAGGCACAUGGAGUACCUCAAGUCCCUGCCCAGCAGCUCCCGUAUCAGCAAGGACUACGAUACGGCCAGCAGUGUCUUCUAGAAGAUGCGGAAUUGAACAUACAUGAGAGGGCAUUCA